GUCAAACAAUUUAGUUUACUGACGGACGUCGUUGCUGAAUGCUAAAGACUAUCAGCAAAAUGCGAAGCACUUUCCUAUUGGCGGUUUUAGCUAUAGCAUCGGGUUAUACAGAAAGUUCAGCUUGUCAGGCAGCGCAAGAAGACGAACAUAAUUGUGGCAGCUACUGCUUCACAGUGGUCAAGCCAAUAUUGCGACACAUAGACAAAUUGCAUAAUCAAGUCAGCAGCUUCGAGGAGAGACGCAAUACUCAAGACCUAACAGCUAAGUAUUCCGAUGUUAUGACAAAGCUGACGGCCCUAGAGGCAGGGCUGGCUGACCACGAGCAAAGGCUUUUAGCAACUGAACAGAAGUUAACGGAUCAAAAUAAGAAUUUUGUUAAUAUAGGAAGCGUUCGUUAUUUUAUUGAAGAAAAGCUCAAGAUGAAUUGGUUUGCUGCUAGAUAUAGAUGCCAGGAGCUUGGCGCUCAUUUGCUUAGCAUUCAGAACGAGGCUGAGUAUAAAGCAAUUAUAGCCAAGUUGAACAGAGAACGUGAAUACUGGAUUGACAUCAAUGACCUCGCUCAAGAAGGACUUUUCCUGUCGGACACCACGGGCCGUCCAGCUGCCUACCUCAAUUGGGAUCCGAUCGAAUGGAAUGGACACUUCCAGCCCGAUAAUAGAGACAAUGUGGAGCAUUGCGUUCAUUUAUUCCAUCGGAAUCUGAGUCUUCAGAUGAAUGAUGCAGAUUGUAGAUUUGAACUAAAUUUUAUAUGCGAAAUCUAA